CACGAAAUUGUCACUCACUCAGAAGACAUAAAGGUUGGUGAACACUAUGGACAAUGGGAUUACUUUCUCUGUGUUCCUACGUAGAGGUUUAAUAAAAAAAAAAAAAUGCGCACGAGUCACACAUUAGCAAUAUUCUGUGCACUGUGCAUAAUCGUCGAGUGCAGUGGAACUAUUUCAACCCGAGUUCCUAGAACACUUCCGUUCGAUAUGUUCCCUUCAAGAUGGACAGCUAUGCUUCGAACAUUGUGGUCUAAUGGAAGAUUUUGGGAAUGGCCAAGAAACGGUGUAGAAACUUUUCUAAGAAUUAUAGCUUCUCCGGAUACUAGAAAAAAAAUAAUGUUCGAAUUUAGACCAGAAGACGGGCCUCGGGCCUCACUUGAUUAUCAAAGACGUUAUGGUUAUCGAGGUCAGUGGUUGAUCGAAUUACUGGGUUCCGGUUUUCAUCCAGAUGACGUGCCUUAUCGACAACCGUUACCUCCUUCCGUGUUGGUACCACCUCCACCAUCUUUUUGAUUGCUAUGUAUUUUAUUAAUUUAUAUAAACGAAGAAGAAAUGUAAAUACAAUCAAGAAUAAUACAUUAAAAAAUGGUUAAGUGUAUUUUUGAAUUAAAAAUGGAAGAAAAAGUUAAA